CAUCAUACCCACGUGGAAACCUCGCGCACACAACGCUCAUAACACACGGUUUAGGAAACCGCAUCUCGUCGAAGCAGAACCCUCGGAAAAAAUCAGCAACCGCAACUAACAAUCAAUGUCGGGAGAUCAAGUGGUUGGAGGCCAGAACUCCUCUGACCAAGUGGAUGACACCGAAUGGGAAGACGUCCCCGACACCAAUCUCGCGCGAUACGACCCAGCUACAGCGUUGUCUCCACGAUCCGGCUCUGUGACAUCUAGCGCACCGGGCACUCCCCGCUCAGGUGCGAGGCGCCGCAGAGGAAACAAAGCAGGAACCCCGAUCGCCCAACCGCAGUUUAUAGCAACGCAGCCCCGCCGUGCCAACAUUCGACCUCAGCAGCUACAGCGACAACGUAACCCCCCUCGUGCCGCGAUCGCGAUCGACCGCGAAGACGUGCAAGACGCGCUCAUCCACGGUACCGCAGAGACUGUGCGCUACUUCGGGAGCGUGCUCACUCACGCACUGCGGCUCCUGCGGUGGCCGUUCGGGAUCCUUCUCGCCUUGUGGCUACUGGGGCUCAUCGUUACUAGCGUCUUCCACACUCUUCGGCCCAUUGUCGCGCCCUUCUGCAUUCUCCCGGGCAUUUCGGGGUCUGCGCUCUGCCGUGUUCCCCAGGUCCAGCUCACUGAUGACGGGGAGCCCGUCCCACUGCGAGCGGACUACCCGGAGCUGGUCAAGAUCCAGAGCAGCAGCUUCGAGGAGCUCCUUGAUGGCGCCGUCGGCGGCUCCGGCCUCAGCCUCGAGAUCAAGAAGGCGGAGAUGGCGUCGAAGGACCUCAUCACGCUCGUCAAGUUCAGCCAGCUGAAGAGCAAGGACCUCCUCGCGGAGUCGCUCAUCGAGUUCGUCGAGGACGCGAAGAUGACCGGACGCGGCCUCCAGAAGCUCACGUCCAAGGUCAACGGCGCAGUCGACAAGAUCAUGGCGAUCAAUGACUACGCGCUGCGCACCAUCGAAGGCACACAAGAUGAGCCCAAGUCCGUGCUCCAAGUAAUCUGGCCAUUCACCCCUCCCCCCACCCCACCCUCGCAAGACCUCGUCGUCUCCGCCUUCCGCGACUCCAUGGACGUGCACGCGACCGAGAUGCGCCGCCUCGUGCUCGAGCUCGCCGUCUCCGAGGCGAACCUCGAGCGGCUCGACACGCACCUCAUCGUGCUCCACGAGCUGUGCACGCGCGAGAACGUCGGGCUCUCCGCCGUGCGCGAGGACGUGCUCGCGGAGCUGUGGACGCUCCUCGGCGGGAACCGGCGCCGCCUGCGCGGGAUCGACGGGAACCUGGAGCUGCUGCGCGACCUGGGCGAGUAUCGCAAGCGCGCGGCGGCGCAUGUGGCGGCGGCGAAGCAGACGAUCAUGGCGAUGGGCGAGGAUAUGGAGGAUCUGCGCGAGCGCGUCGCGGCGCCGGAUAUCGUUGGGGAUAGGAUUCCCGUGGAGGUGCACAUGCGGAGCAUCCAGAGCGGGCUUGAGCGGCUGAAGGAGGAUAGGAUCAAGGCGCGGGAGCGGGAGGAGCAGUUGAUGAACAAGCUUCUGGGCACCACCUGAAGCAGACUCUGUGUUGUUCAAAUGUCCGGCCUCUGGGAGGAUGGAUGUGUGUAGUCUUCUGAUUCUGUCUACGUCUGAAUUUCGUUCCUGCUGGUAGUGCUAGAUUCACUGCUUCAUGACCUGCGUGACUGCUGCGCUGUAUGCAUAUGUACUAUACCAAUUUUGACACAUCCUUGACGAUAC